GAUCGGAUGUAGAAGAAAGAAAGAAAUUCCCAUAGAUAGUGGGUUGUGUGUAUCUGGCGUUGGUACGUUGGUUCUAGUUGAGUUUGAGCAUGAUGAAGCUGUCCCUGAAGUUGGAUGGUGAGAAUGAAAAGCAAAACCUGCAACAGCAGCAACACAGCAGCCAAAUCAUGACAGCAAAGGUACCCAUCUCUAUACUGAACAAGCCCUUUCUCUCAGGCGUAACAGCCUCCACCGGCACCCACUCACCAUCCGAGUUUUCCUUCUCACUCUCCACAAAUUUCCCAUCAGGUCCUUCCCUCAGACUCUCUUACUCCCCCACCGCCUCUGCCCCCUUCUCCCUCUCCCUCAAAUCGGGCCUGGGCCUCUUGGGCUCCCCUGCCCACUCCCCUCUCGUCUUCUCCGCCAACUUCUCUCUCUCCCCAACCCCUUCCUUUUUCCUCCACUUUAAACCCCGAUUCGGUCAUUUCUCUCUCCACAAAACCGUUUUUUCAGACACCAUUACCCACACCCAUUCCCUUUCUACUUCUUUCCCUCCCACUCCCGAAAUUGUCCCCCAUGGAUCUUCCACCACGGGUUGGCACAAUUUGAAACUGGAACCCUCUGCUAACUCAGACCAAUCAAAUAAUAACACCUAUUUCGAAAACUUCAAGAACGAUGCCAAAAAUGCUCUCUCUCCUGGUGUUAGGGUUAUGGCGCGGACGGUCAUGCCUGUCACCAAAGGCUUCUUGUUGAACUUUCGCUGGGGUGUCAAUUUUCCCCGGAAUUUCGGUUCCAAAAUGCCGAGUUUGACCGUUAAUAAGAUAGGGUUAGAGAGGGUUGAGGAAGGGAAAGAGAAGAAGAAUAAUAACGAUGAUAAGAAACAGAUGAGGGAUAGUUCUGGAAUUGAUUUGAAGCUGUUGAAGGGAAUGUGUUUUUGGAUGGGUAGAGAUUUGGAGAUUAUGGAAAAGGAAAAUAGGGAGAUGAAGCGUUUGUUGGAUGAGAUGAAAUUGGGAAUUUCUAGCACGAGGAAUAGCCGUGAGGAGAGCAAUGGAAGUGGAUGGAAGUUGAGUGAAAGCAAUGGGGAGGUUCAGCGUUGGAGAAGUUACAAGAGUGAAAGACAAGAGGAUGAGAAAAAAGUACAACCAAACAAGCCGCUAAGUGUAGCCACUACUGAUGUGGAAUCUGAGUUGGAGAAAGCCAUUAAGGCUGCUACCUCUACCUCUUAGCAAAGUAAAGUUGGCAAUUAGCUGUGCGGAAGCUACACCGGAUAGCAUUGGCCAAGACGCACGUAUGGAAGGAUCGACACAGCUCCAAACAUGCUAUCUAUCUUACUCCAAAUAGAAGGAUAGACACAGCUCCAAACAUGCUAUUUAUCUUACUCCAAGGUGUAGUUUAUCCUUUUUAUCCAUGCCAUCAUUGCCGUGGUCUAAACUCUAAUGGAUCGGUUGGUAAUUAUCAUUAUCAUUUCUAAUCAUUUGGAUAGUUGGUUACCUGACAUAAGAUGGCCCUGAACUAAUAGUGACAAAUGAACCAUGACAGUCUUAAAGCAGUCGUUAGAUUACUCAA